AUGGGGAGCAAAGUCAGCUCCAAAAUGGCAGCUCCCGCCGCUAGAGUAAUUCAGGCUGUGCGGCCACAUGCUCCUCUGAUCAAGUUCCCCAAUAGACAGGAGGUGCCGAAGCCUAAUGCCCAAGAAGUGUUGAAAAUGUUAGCAGGUAGUUUUCCACAGCACAUCGCCCCCAGCGCUCCAUCAGCUCCAUCAGCACCGUUAGCGAGACCUCAAGUACCUCUGAUUCCUGUCCCGGGCACACCAGACACCCUGGCCUCCAUUCAGCAGUUUCCUGCAAGGUACCGCAGGAGACCGUUAACUGUGGAUGAAAUGGACUACAUCCAGCGUGGUGGACCCGAGUGACUCACUUCCUGCAACCAAAGUCCUCUGAUGGACAUCGCUCUCUUUAAUCUGCUCUUCAGCACAAUCCUGAUGCUGUGACGCACGGAGAAUAAAGUUUUACAUGAAGCCUGUUCAAAUGAACAUACGUUUAUUUUCAGACGGUUGCAGUGUACUUUAAGAUCACGUUAAACGGAACAUUUUAUUGUAAAACACUGAAAAGCCAUAAUAGCUUCUCCGUUUAACUCCACUGGCGAUUCACGUAUUCCUAACAGAUUUUUUUAAAUUAUUAAUUUGCUUUAAAGUGAAUAUUUUGUUUUA